GACGGCGUGACCGUCUUCUUUUACAGCGAAACCAUCAUGGCGUCUCUGCGGUAACGUCUUACGAGUGCGACGCGUGAUUUUUGGUGAUUGUGCAGAAACGCUAUCAAAUUCCUAAAUUGAUAAGUAAAAAUACGACCGGUUGAUAGUAACCGCUGCAAUAUUACGUAAGGUACGUUUUCACAAUUUAUGAGAUAAAGUCCACGCAAGAUGCCUGCUAUAUCAACAGGAGCCUACAGUCAAGGACCCUCGUGCUUUGAUAGAAUGAAAAUAGGUUUUGCAAUUGGAUUCUUUGUUGGUAUAAGCUCUGGUGCGCUCUUUGGUGGAUUUUCUUCCUUUAGAUAUGGACUGAGAGGAAGAGAAUUAUAUACCAAUAUUGGAAAACUAAUGCUUCAAGGUGGUGGAACAUUUGGUACAUUUAUGGCUAUUGGAACAGGAAUAAGAUGCUAGCGUAUAUAUCAACUGUGGUGGUAUCAUCCAUAGGAUUUGUUUUUCCUGGGAUAUUGAGUCCGAAGCUCAAAUGUCUAAUUUUAUGUGUCAUAUUGAAGUGAUUUGAAUUGUAAGGUUGAACAUCAUGCACUGUUACAUUAAUGAAAAUUUGUGAUAUUAUAAAUAGAUAUCAUAAGAAAAAAAUUUUAUCUUGUCAACUUACCAUGUACAUGAUUGACGGAAUAACUAUCACCUGGAGCAAUGUGAAAACUCCCACCAACUCUAUUCACUUCCAUAUAACCAUAGAUUUGGCAGCCUUGUGUAAAGGCAUGCUUGUACUUGUCUGCAGAUUUAUCAUUUUGACAUUGUUUAAUUUUAGCUAAGUCUGGCAUAGCCCAUUUCUUAAGUCUAUAAGCCAUUUGUACAUCAUCACAAGUAUUACAACAUCUGUACAAUAAAGUUAAAUUUUAUAUAGAUA